AUGCCUGCAUCUGAUCCACCUUUUAUUCCACCGUCUGACCCAUUCAUAAUCGAAUCUUCUUCUCAGCUCAUUUGUCCUCGCUUGCCUGACUCUGUCAUUCAUUAUCCCCCCGAAGACGAGGAUGAUAUCCUCAAGCCAUAUAUUGGCGUAUUCCGCCUCGAUCCAUUUACGACUCACGAUGGUGUCCGUGGGCGUCCGGUUCCUGCGCCACUACGCGCCGCCCACACCCUCAGGACACUCGGCCAUCCCGAUGGUGGCUCCGCCUCGGAGCUGUCGCCUCCAGCUCUUGAUAUCUCCGAGGGGCCAGUUACGGUACCUGGACGGCGACACGGCUCAGUCACCGACGCUUUCAGAACAUCCGCGCGUACGCAUCACUCGUACCCGAUGCAUCACGACCAUUCCAAAUUCGACCCUCACGAUCACCCCUUUACACGAAUGAACCGCACUCCUGAUCCCCAGCCAACCGUACUCCAGCCGUCAACGACAUCGGCCUACCCUCCUUCGCUUGCCUAUUGGGCAGAUCGUACCGCAUCUAGGUCCGAGUCCAUGUAUGCGCCCGAUCCCACUUUGGAAGCAAGCCAAGACUCGUCCAAUGGAUAUCAGUAUGCGUAUAGUGUCUUAAAUGCUUCAGGAAGCGAUGGCUAUCAAACAACCCAAGCCCCCUCCUAUUCCUAUUCCCAUUCCCAGGGUCACUCAUAUAGCGACUGUGCCCCCUACUCACGAGAGGCAACCACAUUGCCAUUUCCGAGGAGCGAUGUAUCAACACGACAUCAGCAUACCCUCUUUUCAACCCCAGCGCAAAUGUCGAUCGCUUCCCGCCAAGAUGGGGUUAACCGUCUAGCCAACUGUGAUCCAAGCCCAGGUCCUUUGCCAUGCUCAGAUGGAAAUAUCGGCCCGGCCGAUGAACACUCACUUGGGUACAGUGGCCUAGGAUAUAUCCAGCACCACUUGCCGAUAGGCAGUUGUGUGGUUGAUGGAACUCAGGUUCACGACGGUGAUUGCCGUGGCUUCCUUCCCACUCAGAAUGAUGCCCGACAUAGGGAUAUCAAACUCCAACCGUCUUCUCCUCAUCAGGCACAGCUCGAUUUGGUGUGUCGACCUCCGCUUCCCGCCCCAUACGGUUCGUAUUCGCGCGAAGCACAAUUUCAGCCAACCCCGCGAGACGACGAUCAAGCCAUUUCUCGGGAAUAUGAACAAUACGGCCGUGGGUACGAUCCAUCCGAAGGACACAUCUAUCAUCAGCAAACCCCUGGGACAUACACUCGUGAUUCGCCACAUAGUUAUGGCUCUGAUUCCAACGCCUUUGAUAGGCGCACAUCCAUAUCCUUCGACCGCCCGAUCUCACGUACUGGCGUCUUGGACCACUCGGCUCCUGGGACAUACAGCUACCCUGAGGCGGGCACUUUGAACUUGACAGAUUCGGCUCGGUUCCAUCGCCCUAUCUCCCGCUCUUUCAGUCAUUCUAAUUUAUCGCCUGUGUCCAGUCCGCUCGCCAGGCGGACUUCUCUUGAUGUUAUUGACGCUCCUGGCACGGUCACCCCUAUGCGUAUUUUUGAUUCUCCUGUUGCGGUCAGGUCUUUGACCCUCUCCCCUACUCCUUCAACCACUUCGAGCUUGGUAGAUCGGCGCGAUAAUACUCGACCCUCUCGUCGAUUCGCGCCGUUUAUGCCUGGCGAGAUGAGUCAAGUUGGAGGAGGUAGCAAGGAGCACCGGUGUGAUGUAUGCAAUAGGCGGUUCAAUCGUCCUUCGACACUCGUCACACACAUGAAUACACACACGGGCGAGAAACCGCACAUAUGCCCAAUCCCGAAUUGUGGUAGUCGAUUUAGCGUGUCUUCCAAUCUCAAGCGCCACGUAAAGAAUCACAAAUCUCCGGGAUCACAACCUCGCGGACGCAAGAAACGUAACGUCGCUCGCAAAGAAGAUGCUCCCAAGCCACAGUCUCGCGCGCUUCAAGACGCAAGAAUGUACAACCCUGUGCCCCGAGAGUUUGCGCGGAAUGCGCAACUUCAAGGUCUUGUCUUCACGUCCUCCCUACAAGAUGCCCAAGGAAGUCGCCACGCUCCGUUCGGCCUCAUGGAUGCCCAGGUGAUGAGAAUUAUGAAGAACGCGAUUCCUUCUUCUACGCUCAAGAAGCGGAUCAGCCGACUCCAUAUCACCCGCUCAUGGUAG